CUUAUAAUUUGUCAAACUUUUAAUUACAUUGUCAUCACCAAUUACUUGAAUCACUGUCAAAAGUUGGGUGAGGCCUAAAAUAGCGAAAAAAAAUACAGAUGUCUCAUUUACGAACCACGCGGACAAAAUGUAUGAGCUCUAUGGCGUAAGCAGCUGCUGUAUUGAAUUCAUCUAAAGCAUCACCAAAAAGCGAGCUGUCAAAUCAUUUAAUUCAAUUCCAAGUUAGCUAAUAAAAUCCAUUUUGGUUCAAUCCUUGCAUGGCUGUGCGAGUUCACAUAGCCCACACGACCUCUCCUCUUCACCUUCUGUGCGUUGCUUUUUCUCUGCCGCCCGGCGAGUGUUUCAGCCGCCGCCCGCCGCUCUUUUCCGACAGUUUUUGAGAGCAAUCACUCUCUAGCACGCUUGAACUGCACUAAAAUUCAACUUAGAGGCUAUUUACGCUUGAGCAUCCCAAUUCCCAUAUGCCCGGGAACAAGUUUAACGAUGAGCCAGAAGUCCUCAGUACCCGAGUUGGGAGGCUCUUGAGGGAGAGGGAGCUGAGAAGGAGCAGCAGAACUCCUUCAUUCUUGGAUGGGAAUGACCACUACAGCCGAGAGAUUGAAAUACCUUUGAACAAUUCUUCCUAUGUGGAGCAGUAUUUAGAUGAAGGGAAUGAUAGGCCUAUCAAGCAGAGACUGUUAGUGGUUGCUAAUAGACUUCCAGUGUCUGCAGUCAGAAGAGGUGAGGACUCUUGGUCGCUCGAGGUUAGCGCGGGUGGUCUAGUCAGCGCACUUUUGGGUGUUAAGGAGUUCGAAGCGCGGUGGAUUGGUUGGGCUGGUGUGAAUGUGCCGGACGAGAUUGGGCAAAGGGCACUUACUCGAGCACUUGCUGAGAAGAGGUGCAUACCUGUUUUUCUUGAUGAGGAGAUUGUUCAUCAGUAUUACAAUGGAUAUUGCAACAAUAUCUUAUGGCCUCUUUUCCACUAUCUUGGGCUCCCACAAGAAGAUCGACUAGCAACGACCAGGAGUUUUCAGUCCCAAUUCAGUGCUUACCAGAAGGCGAACGAAAUGUUUGCCCAAGUUGUUCACAGACACUACGAAGAGGGUGAUGUCGUUUGGUGUCACGAUUACCACCUAAUGUUCCUUCCGAAAUAUCUGAAGGAUUACAACAGUAAGAUGAAAGUUGGGUGGUUUCUGCACACACCCUUUCCAUCUUCUGAAAUCCACCGAACUCUGCCAUCUCGAUCUGAACUGUUGCGUGCAGUUCUAGCUGCUGAUUUAGUGGGAUUUCACACUUAUGAUUAUGCGAGACAUUUUGUAAGCGCCUGCACCCGAAUUCUUGGACUGGAAGGUACUCCUGAGGGAGUUGAGGAGCAAGGAAGACUAACUCGUGUGGCUGCCGUGUGUUCUCAUGAAUUUUAUUCGAAUUUCCCAAUAGGGAUUGAUUCAGAAAGGUUCAUCCGUGCUCUUAAACUUCGUCAAGUCCAGGAACACAUUAAAGAAUUAAAAGAAAGAUUUUCUGGAAGAAAGGUAAUGCUGGGUGUGGAUCGUCUUGAUAUGAUAAAAGGGAUUCCGCAAAAGAUACUAGCAUUCGAAAAAUUUCUCGAGGAAAACCCAUACUGGCGUGAUAAGGUUGUUUUGCUGCAAAUUGCUGUGCCAACAAGAACCGAUGUGCCUGAAUAUCAGAAACUUACAAGCCAGGUUCAUGAGAUUGUUGGGCGAAUCAAUGGGAGAUUUGGAACUUUGACAGCUGUUCCAAUUCACCAUCUGGAUUGUUCUCUUGACUUCCAUGCUCUGUGUGCGCUGUAUGCUGUCACGGAUGUAGCACUAGUCACUUCUCUGCGGGAUGGAAUGAAUCUUGUCAGCUAUGAGUUUGUGGCAUGUCAAGAUUCCAAAAGAGGAGUUCUUAUCCUCAGUGAAUUUGCUGGGGCAGCUCAAUCUCUUGGAGCUGGAGCAAUUCUGGUAAACCCAUGGAAUAUCACAGAGGUGGCUGCUGCAAUAGGCCAAGCUCUAAAUAUGCCUGCUGAAGAAAGAGAAAAACGGCAUCGCCAUAACUUCGAGCACGUCACAACUCACACUGCUCAGCAAUGGGCUGAAUUCUUCGUGAGCGAACUGAAUGAUACAGUUCUUGAAGCACAACAGAGAAUAAGAAAAGCUCCGCCGCAACUUGUAUUCAGUGAUGCAAUCAGACAUUUCGUGCAGGCUGAGAAUCGGUUACUUAUAUUGGGUUUUAAUGGUACACUGACUGAACCAAUUGAAACACCUGGAAGAAGGGGAGAUCAGAUCAAAGAAAUGGAACUCAAAUUGCACCCUGAGCUGAAAGGACCACUCACAAUGCUCUGCAGUGACCCAAAUACAACAAUUGUAGUUCUUAGUGGAAGUGACAGAAGUGUCUUAGAUGAUAACUUUGGGGACUACAACAUGUGGUUAGCAGCUGAGAAUGGAAUGUUUCUAAGAUCAACCAAAGGAGAAUGGAUGACAACAAUGCCAGAGCACUUGAAUAUGGAUUGGGUUGAAAGUGUACAACAUGUUUUUGAAUAUUUCACUGAGCGAACCCCGGGAUCACAUUUUGAGCGUCGUGAGACUUCACUAGUAUGGAACUACAAGUAUGCAGAUGUUGAAUUCGGAAGAUUGCAAGCUAGGGACAUGCUGCAACAUCUCUGGACUGGUCCAAUUUCUAACUCCUCUGUUGAUGUAGUCCAAGGAAGCCGUUCGGUGGAGAUUCGAGCUGUUGGUGUCAGUAAGGGAGCGGGUAUUGACCGCAUAUUGGGGGAGAUCGUUCAUAGUAAAGCCACCUGCAAACCAAUAGAUUACAUCUUGUGCAUUGGACACUUCCUAGGAAAGGACGAGGAUGUGUACGCAUUUUUCGAACCAGAGCUUCCACUUGAUAACUUGGGUAUGCCGAGAAGUAAGGUAACCGAUGCCAUUAAGCUCUCAAUCGACAAAAGACAAUUCCCAAAUCUUCCCUCUGGAAAAAGCAGCUCCAAGACUCAACAGAGCAAGAGCUACCAGCAACAUAACCCUAACUCAGACAAAAAGUCAACAUCUAGAAAUGGGAAACACUCCUCAACUGAAAAUACUUCUUGGAAUGUUCUUGAUCUGAAAAAGGAGAACUAUUUUUCUUGUGCUGUUGGUCGGACUCGUACUAAUGCACGGUAUCUGCUUAAUACCUCGGAUGAUGUGGUUGCCUUCCUUAAGGAGCUAACAAAAACAGCUUUCACUAACUAGUGUUAGUCAUUUUGAGUCUAAUGCUUCUUAGGAGCAUGAAAAUUCAUGACCAAGCUAUGGAAUAAUUUAUAUAUAAGACCUAUUAAUCUCAAACCUUUGUAAUUAUAACACCUAAUUUAUCUGUUGAUUUUAUUGUCCAUAGUGAACUUAUGCUGGAAUAGCUUCAUUU